GCGUAUACUAGGCGUGCAUUAGGACCUCCCGUUUGUCUUCCUCCAGCGGUAAGGAGGUGCGGUCUAGGGCGGUUGUACAGUUUGGGGAGCGUGGGUUCCUCUUUUACACUUAGAGGUCCACGUCCUGACCUCCCGCCGGGCUGCACGAGCCUUUUAAACUUCUUUUUUUUUAUCUUCAUUGUCAGAGUUAACUUUUUUCAGAAUAUACAAUCUUUACCAAGGUCAUAGACCCUGCAUUGGAGAGCUCCUCUGUUUGUGUGUGUGUGUGUAAAGGUUCAUCAUGGUUCUCUCUGUGCUGCAAGGCUUCGGGAAAAAGCUUCUCCGUGUGAAAGUGGUGGAUUGCAACACUGAGGAUUCUCGCCUGUCACGAUGUCUCAACACUUUUGACUUGGUGGCGCUGGGGGUAGGCAGCACACUCGGCGCUGGCGUAUAUGUGCUGGCAGGCGCCGUGGCACGGGAAAAUGCGGGUCCUGCCAUUGUGCUCUCAUUUCUUAUUGCUGCUUUGGCCUCGGUCAUGGCGGGUCUGUGUUAUGCCGAGUUUGGAGCACGGGUGCCCAGGACAGGCUCAGCAUACCUGUAUAGCUAUGUCACAGUGGGAGAGUUGUGGGCCUUCAUUACCGGCUGGAACCUGAUCCUGUCAUACAUCAUAGGGACAUCCAGUGUAGCUCGAGCCUGGAGUGCCACAUUUGAUGAGCUCAUAGGGAAACAAAUCGAGAUGUUCUGCAGGAGCCACAUGAGUAUAAACGCACCUGGGAUUUUAGCCGAGUAUCCAGACGCCUUCGCUGUGCUCAUCAUCCUCAUUCUAACCUGUCUGCUGGCGUUUGGUGUGAAGGAGUCCGCUAUGGUGAAUAAACUGUUCACGUGUGUCAAUGUCCUGGUGUUGCUGUUUGUCGUGAUCUCCGGUCUGAUCAAAGGGUCCCUCAAAAACUGGAACCUGGAUCCAGAAGAGAUCUUUAACAGAAGCCUGAGUGAAAAUUAUACAGGGCCAUUUCCUUCACGUGACCGCCUGGGAAUGGGUGGGUUUAUGCCGUUUGGAAUCGGUGGAGUUCUUUCAGGCGCUGCUACUUGCUUUUAUGCUUUUGUUGGGUUUGACUGCAUCGCUACCACAGGAGAGGAGGUGAAGAACCCACAGAGGGCCAUCCCGAUUGGCAUUGUGUCCUCGCUGCUCAUCUGCUUCGUGGCCUAUUUCAGCGUGUCUGCAGCUCUUACUGUGAUGAUGCCCUAUUAUCUGUUAGAUAAAAACAGCCCGCUGCCCGUGGCGUUUAAAUAUGUGGGCUGGGACGGCGCUACGUACGCUGUGGCAGUCGGAUCACUGUGUGCCCUCUCCACCAGUUUGCUGGGCUCCAUGUUUCCUCUGCCCCGCAUUAUCUUUUCCAUGGCGUGUGAUGGCCUGCUCUUCUCCUUCCUGUCUCGCCUCAGUGAGAGGAAGACGCCCAUUGUCUCCACCAUGGUGGCAGGGCUUUUGUCCGCUGUGAUGGCUUUCUUGUUUGACCUAAAGGAUUUGGUAGAUCUCAUGUCCAUUGGGACACUGCUGGCAUAUACGCUAGUGGCUGCCUGUGUCCUUGUUUUGAGGUACCAGCCGGAACAGCCCAGUGUGCCGUAUCAGAUGGCCAGGUCUCAGGACGAUGGCGAGCUUGAUUCCAUCAGCGAAGGAAGUUCAAAUUACCUGACUAAAGCCCAGGACAAGCUCAAGCUCAGUGACAUUCUUUUCCCUAAAAUCACAGAACCUUCGGGCCAGUCUGGCUCCAUCGUCAACAUCUGCACUAGUGUGAUAGGUGUGCUGGUGUGCGUUUUCUGUAUUGUAGCAGUGCAGGGUGAGUUUCAGGUCUGGUCUGUGAUCACGAUGACAGUCCUAGCUGUAAUAUGCGUCCUCUUCAGUCUGGUAAUCUGGCGGCAACCUGAGAGCAAAACCAAGCUAUCUUUUAAGGUUCCUCUGCUUCCUUUCCUGCCUGUGUUGAGUAUGUUUAUUAACGUCUACCUGAUGAUGCAGCUGGACAGAGGCACCUGGAUGCGUUUUGCUAUCUGGAUGGUAAUCGGCCUUUUUAUCUACUUUGGCUACGGGAUCCGAAACAGCACAGAGGCAACGUCGGCAAGUAAUGCCACAGAAAACGACAACUCGGGCAAACACAUGGGUAAAAUAAACGAACCUCCCAUUCCUGAGAAAGAGGCCUUUCUUGCCCAUGUUAAUGACGGCGAGGAGGAGGAAGAGGACAAUGAUUCCUAAGGAUGAUCAUGUUGCAUAAAAAAAGGAAAAGGAAAUGUUGUAGCCAAUACAGACUUGUCAUAUUGUGAUGCCGGAUAUUGAGUAUUUGAGAAAUCGACGUCCUACUGGUCACGUUCAUGAGUUUUGCCGUUAUCAGCACUGCUGACAUGUCUAGCAUUGUGUCCUUCAGGCUUUCAGUGCUCGUGAAAGGUUUUAGGUGCUAUUUACUGCCAAAGAACUCGGUUUUAAAUUAUGUUGCCAAAUUGUUCGCCUUGGGAAAGUGAACCUUGUAUAUUACUGAAUGAGUUGUUUAUAAGCAGAGACUGUAUAUUGUAUGCAUUGCUCUGCCCUGGUUGUAUAAAUGGACCAGAAAAGCUACUUUGGUUAUUACACCUCUAUCAGCUUUAAAUAUGAUUUUACAAAUGUUUAUAUGUGGAAGUCUCUUCACUACACAUCCUGCAGGUUUGCUAUGGAUUUAAAAUUAUAUUUAUGUCGGGCUGCUUUUCCUGAGCAUUGAGAUGAUUUUGUUCCUUUUUCAUUUUGUGACUUUCUCUGAAAAUCUAGGUUUGAUUAUAAAUAAAUAACUAGCAUUACAAGAAAGAGACUGGAACAAAAUAGAAUGUAAGUAUGUAUGCAUUAUUUGAGCAGUUUGGUAAAGUGUAGAGUUGGAAUUGUUCUGUAACAUAUGAGGUCAAUGAUUGGCAAGAAGUGCAGUGCCUUGCUACAGGUAUUUUUUUUUUUUUUGUAAUAUACGUGUGAAUUGUUUGUUUGUUUUUUUGCAUUGUGACAUGAACUUUGGUUUGGGGAUUUUGUUAUUUAUGCUGCAUCCUACAUGUGCUUUAUUCGAGUCACCUUCUGUGUGUUCUGGCCAUCUUUUAAGGGAAAUGUUCACAUACAUUAAAUAAAACUUUGUAUGUGUUUGUCA